CUCAACACAAAGGGAUUCGUCCUUCUGCAUGAUGACACUGGCUUUGGCUGUGCCAGGACUAUGUCACUGACACGACGAAGGUUGCCUCUUUCUCGGACAUAAAUGGAGCUAUUGUCCAUACUUUCUAAAAUUACCUUAAGUUGCUUUUGUUCAACAUUAACUUGCCGAUAAAUUCCUGUGAGACGAUCCACGUCACGGAGUUUGAAUCCGUGUAAAUGGCGUCGACAAACGAUCCCUUCCAAUUUCAAGAAUUUGAAGAAGCUGGCAAUCUGUUGGAUGCCAACAGAGAUGCAACCACCAUUAGCAUUGAGGAUGAUGACAUGCCUGAGAAGCAGAGAAAAGCUACAGGUUUCACUCCUGAUGUUGAUGACUUGGACCCACUUGCCAGUGAUGACACGACAGAGCUUCUUUCUGGGCAAAAGAAAAGUGCCCCCAUCUGGACGUUUGAGUACUACCAAAAGUUUUUUGACAUCGAGACCCAUCACGUGAAGGAAAGAAUCAUUGGAUCAAUGCUGCCAUGGCCUGGAAAGAACUUCAUUCAUGUCCACCUUCGUAGAAAUCCUGAUCUUUAUGGACCCUUCUGGAUUUGCACCACCCUUGUGUUUGCCCUUGCCAUCAGUGGAAACUUAUCCAACUUUGUGGUGUUCUUAGGCAAACCAAACUAUAAGUAUACCCCACAGUUUCAAAAAGUGACCAUAGCUGCAACAGCGAUCUUCAGCUAUGCUUGGCUUGUGCCACUUGGCCUCUGGGGUGUCCUGCUUUGGAGAAACAACAAGAUCAUGAACUUAGUGUCAUACUCCUUUUUGGAGAUUACCUGUGUGUAUGGAUAUUCCCUUGCGAUAUACAUUCCAGCAGUGGUCCUAUGGAUUUUCCCAUAUGAAUGGCUGAGGUGGUGCUCCAUCGUGGUGGCUCUCUGCCUCUCUGGCUCAGUUCUGGUGAUGACUUUCUGGCCUGCAGUCAGAGAAGACCACCCCAAAGUUAUGAUAGCAAUCAUGUCUUCCAUUGUUUUGCUCAACGUCCUGCUUGCUGUUGGCUGUAAGUCCUAUUUCUUUAGCAACCCAGAAGUAGUAGUACCACCAACUGGCAAUUUGACAGCAACAGCGUUGAUCAAGGCACCGUCUGCGACAUGAUGAGCUUUCAUUGUCUAAAGGGUCUCCUGUUGCCUUAUUGGAGAGAAUCAGGUUACGGCGGUGAUGGAGUCAUGGGUCGUCUGGAUUUCACCUGCACUCGGACAUUCUGGCUCAAGACCUUAAAGCCCAGUGUGCACGCUUGGUUCAGCUGCAUGACCUCUGAGAAUUAACGCUGGUACCAAGUAUGUUUUUUUCUAAUGGGACGGGUUCUUAACUUUCUGUAAGAUGUAUGGUGCUACACAGCACAUAGGAUCUCUUGUAGUAUGGUAGUUUUCGGCUUUAUAGUUCUUCCGUUGAAUUAUUUAGACUGUGCCGUAAGGUCGGUGGCAUCGAAGGCAUUUUGUAUAUUCAGUUAAUGAGAACCUGCUAAUUUACUUUGCGUAAAGAAUAUUCCGUAUGAAUAGCACAACAAUAACAGGCGUUGGCAAGAUAUUCAAGGGUUGAAGUUAUUAUGAACAAAUGUAUUUUUCUCUCACUGAUAACCAUAAGUGCCGUCAACUAAUGCCAAAGACCCAUUCUAAAUGUCCGAGGCAGUUACAACUUGUGUAACUAUUUGUUUUUAUUAAUUAGCUUUUAUUGUGACAAACUGCAUUUGACAACAUUUAUGAAUAUGUCUUUUCUCAAUGAGUGUUUUAUGGGAAAGAAAUAAAUGAAACAUAUUUGUGGGACCCACCUUUUUAUUGAUGAAACUAUCAUUAAUAAAGAUAUUAUGACAAUGA